UCUCCACGAAUUACUCUUCCCUGUUCCCUUCCCUCCCAUGGCGACCCCCACCGCCUCCGCUCUCUUCUUCCCUUCCCAUCUCCCUCCUCCGUCCCUCCGCUUCCCGUCCCGCCGCGCCACCGCCACGGGUGUCCGUCCCCUCUCUCAGCCUCCCUGCGCCGGUCGCCCGCGCCUCCAGGCGCCGCCGCCUCCUCCCCCGGCGGAGCAAGUCGCUGAGGAGCAGGAUGAUACGCCUCCGCUCAGGCUCCUCGAGCCGCCGCAGGAGGACGACCCCUUCCCGUCCGAGAUGGAGCCGGCGGACCCUGAUUUCUACCGGAUAGGAUACGCACGGAUGAUGCGGGCGUACGGGAUUGAGUUCUUGGAAGGGCCGGACGGGAUGGGCGUUUAUGCUUCCCGGGAUGUGGAGCCACUCCGCAGAGCUAGAGUGAUUAUGGAGAUCCCGUUGGAGCUUAUGUUGACUAUAACACAAAAGAAACCUUGGAUGUUCUUCCCUGACAUUAUCCCACUAGGCCAUCCUAUAUUUGACAUCAUUGAGUCAACAGAUCCUGAGACGGACUGGGAUCUAAGAUUAGCAUGCCUUCUUCUCUAUGCAUUUGAUGUAGAAGACAACUUUUGGCAGUUGUAUGGUGAUUUUUUGCCGAGUGCUGAUGAAUGCACCAGUUUGCUGGUGGCCCCAAAGGAGGAUCUAAUGGAACUAGAAGACCAAGACCUUGCCUCACAAAUGUUAAAACACCAGCAGCGAGCUAUUGACUUUUGGCAAAAGCAUUGGGACAAAGCAAUUCCUCUAAAGCUAAAACGUCUUGCCCCUGACCACGAGAGAUUUCUCUGGGCAUUGAGUAUUGUUCAGUCUCGUUCUGUCAACUUGAAAAUGAGAAUGGGAGCCUUCAUCCAAGAUGCAAAUGUUCUAGCUCCUUAUGCGGAUAUGUUGAACCACUCACCUGAUGCUAAUUGCUUCCUGCAUUGGCGUUUCAAAGAUCGCAUGCUUGAAGUUAUGAUUAAGGCUGGACAUGCCGUCAAGAAAGGAGAUGAGAUGACGAUAGAUUAUAUGAGUGGGGUGAACAGCAAGUUCAUGGAAAGAUAUGGCUUCUCAUCACCAACGAAUCCUUGGGAGCAUAUAAAUUUCUCGAGCCCUGCAAAGAUUCACAUGGAUUCCUUCUUAUCAGUCUUCAGUAUUGCCGGUUUGCAUGAUGAGCUGUACCACAAUUCUGCAUUGCCCUCGGUUGAAACUGACUUUGUGGAUGGAGCAGUUGUAGCAGCAGCUAGAGCAUUGCCAACAUGGUCAGACGGUGAUGUUCCUGCAAUACCGAGUGUUGAAAGAAAAUCUGCUCAGGUGUUGCAAGAUGAAUGCCACCAGAUGUUGGGUUCUUUCUCAACCACUAUUCAACAGGAUCAGCAGAUUUUAGAUUCCGAUGUGCAUAUCAGCAAAACACGGGAAAUUGCAAUCAAGUACCGGCUACACCGGAAGCUGUUCCUGCAGAAAAUCAUCGACUCACUGGAGAUCUACCAGGAUAGAAUUUUGUUCUAGUCAUAUAGGCGCCACUAAUCCUGUCCAGUUAGAAUUUGACCAUCAGUUCUUGUGCCAGUAGACUUGAGAUCGUUUGAUGUACAAGGGUUCUGAAGGGCAGUUGCCGCCCCUUUUUCUAGAACAUUUUGAAGGGCUUCAGUUGUAGGUUAACAAUAGAGGAUCCCGCAAAGCAAACAAGAACAGGAAGGGUUGCCGCUCUGGAAAUAUAAAGAGUUUGUAAUUCUCAACUGUAAAGCUGGGUCAUUGGUUACCAUAGUCAUAUUUCAUAAGGCUGAAAGCAACAGAGCGACAACAUGAUCAAUUUCUGGAGAUGCUCACCUAACAA